CAGUGACGAGCAGCGGGCCGUCCGCCCAUAUUUUGCCUUCCCCUCACCCACCACAGCCGUCGCCUGCGCAUCGCCCAAGUCUCCUGCGCUAACGCUUCUCUUGUCCGCGCCCUGACAACAGCCACCGCCUGGAAUGUUGUCGCCUUUCCUCAUCUCCCAUGCCUCGAAACACCGUCCGCGGUCAUCCUCCUAUGCUUUGAUGCGCCCCCCCCUUUGCCGCUCUUUUGGUCUUGUGCUUCCUCGAGCCCUCACGCACGCAACGCUCGCCCUCGCCGUGUUUUCCUGUCUCGUUCGUGACCGGUUGACUGCCGUCCCAGCUGCUCACCGAGACCACUAGGAAUGAUCAGGUGAAUUCGAGGCGCCUCCCCCGUCCUCCCAAACCGCCCUCCCACGCCCUUCCCCCCGUGUUCGACAAUAAAAUCCAAGUCCUCUAUUCUCCCACUCCAUUAGUAUGUUCACCACCACCCCGGUGCCCACGCUGUCCACGACGACUGCGACGACCGCUCAAUCUCCUCCCACCUCCCCAACGCGCACGUCCCGCCUUCGGGGCCUGAGCUAUCUGCGCAACUACACCCAGAACCUUCACGGUCGUUCCGACAGCGACUCUGCCUCACGCAACACUCGGCCAGCAUUCCCUCGUGCUCGCAGUCAGCCCUCGUCAGACUCUGUCCGCCACCAAACCUCGUCCCACGACACGCCAGCUCCCGCAUCCGCCGGCUUCCCUCCUUCGACGUCAACGUCAGCACCAGGCGGACGAGCCGCGAGCCCACUGGGUAGCGCCCGCAACGCUACCGCCACCACCACGAACACAUCCACCACCACCACCACCACAACAUCUCAGACACCGUCCUCCACUGCGUCCACGCCUGCAGCCAGCGGUUGGGUGCCGAGCGGCAACAAAAGCGACGGAACGCCCCGCUCCCGCAUCCGCCAGCAGAGCACCUCGGACGAAACCCCUUCGUCGGCUCCUGCGCCCACCGUCACCACGCCGGCCGAGUCCACGCCUGCCCGUGCUGCAAUGACGCGCUCUCGAGCAGACACGACGGGCCCGGUGCUCACAGUGCGCAAGCAGAGCGGCCCCCGUUCCUCUAGUGCGGACGCUUCAGACUCAGCUUCGCAGGCCAGAGCCAACCCUCUGCCCACGAUCCGCUUCAUCCCUCACUUUGACCCUCGUGCCAACAGGCCGUCCUUGUCCUUCCCCGCCGUGACUCGCACUCUACCCACUCCCAACUCCGUCAUUAAGGUUGGCCGCUACUCUGAGCGUGAGAAUGCCCCAGACUCGCUCCCCGCCAAUGGCAGUGUCCCGUCUUCUGCACCAGUGGGCUUCAAGUCCAAAGUCGUCAGCAGACGACACUGCGAGUUCUGGUGCCAGAACAACCAGUGGUACGUGCGUGACGUGAAGUCCUCGUCCGGCACGUUUUUGAACCACGUGAGGCUCAGCCCACCAGGCCAAGAGAGCAGGGCUUUUGCUGUGAACGACGGCGACGUGAUCCAAUUGGGCAUUGACUUUCGCGGCGGCGAGGAGAUGAUCUUCCGGUGCGUCAAGAUACGGAUCGAAUGCAACAGAGGAUGGCAGAAGCAUCCGAAUAACUUUAAUAAAAAGACGCAUAAGCAAUUGUUGGCGCGGCAAAAGGGUACGAAGGAUGCCACUUCCCAACGAGAUUCGGACACGGCGUCAGUGAAUUCUUCAGAGUGCUCUAUUUGCCUCAUGUCUAUUGCACCCUGUCAGUCUUUGUUCGUUGCUCCUUGUUCCCAUGUCUGGCACUACAAAUGCAUUCGGCCCAUCCUCAACGGUCACACGUGGCCCAACUUCCUGUGUCCCAACUGCCGCGCCGUUGCAGACCUCGAGGCCGAGGUGGACGAGCAAGAAGAGGACGAAGGCGACUGGCAAGAAGACGACGACCUAGCAGACGCCAUAGCUGCCAGCACUGCCGCAGAGAGUGCUUCUGCGGCAGCGGGUCCCAGUAACAGUGGCAGCAGUGGUCACACAUCAGCAGCAGCCGUUUCAGACGAACCCGAAGGCCAAAGGACGCCGCGAGCCAUGCAGCCAGCUCGUCACAGGGACGGUUCUUCAGAGGACGACGAUGUGUCUAAUCUUGCCCUGCACGCGCUCAGUCUGACCGAAACGAGCACCAACAACCCACCACAUUCCUCAGAGGACGACACACCUCCCGAGGACGACGAGCACGCGACACAGGUCGAUAUCUCCGAGGAUGCGAGCGGCGCCGCAGCGGUUUCAGGGCCGCGAGCCAUUCCUGCGGCGGCAAGGACGCUGGAUCUCACCCCUGGAGGCGCGCUGAACUCGGAGUCGGUGCUCACACCGCGUAACGACAUUGGACCUUUUGUGCUGGAUGGGGGAGCGGGGAGAAGCACAACGGGAGGCCCUCGAAACGUGGCUCCCGCGAGCCUGGAUUCUGUGGCAGGCGGGUCGCAAUCGUCAUAGCACAGAUUAAGAAGAAAAACGAACGGUCAGCGCGGGGUUAUUUGCAUUAAGAUGAUACCCCGACAUGUGCAAUCCAAUUGUUUACGGGCGGCCUUCUGCUCCACGCCUCUGCAUCUGCGUUUGGCGUUGCUGUCCACAGGCUGAAAAAAAAACGAGGAAGAAGAGAACGUGACAAUGGAGAAGCAACGAAAGGAAACAUUGUACUUGUAUUUUAGCUUGCUGUCAAGAUUUUUGUAAGGCGACUGGAGCAUUCGCAUGGACUAGGCGACCGGCACAACCGAACCGACUCGACAGCAUGUUUCCCUUCACAAAAUUCCUGUUGUGUCGAUCAUAAGCGCAAAGAGUUCUUGCCUGUCGAUAGAAUCCCCGCCUGCUCCUUUUGAGGAAGAUUCCCGAGAUCUUGUACCGUUUUCUCUAACCAUCCUCCAUUCAUGAUGCUAUUUCAGUGGGGUAUCGUGGUGCAAAGUC